CCUAUCCGAGCGCCAGCGUUCCUGAGCUCGCCUUCUUUCCGCCCCCCGCAGCUGCCCCCCACCACCUCGAGAUCCAAAUGGCUUCGCAGCAGCAGCAGCCGCCGCAGUUCGAGUCCGCCGCCGCCGCGGACGCCGACGCAAGUAGCGCGGCCAUGACGUCCGUCGCCUCCUCCGUCGCGACGUCCGCGGCCACGUCAGCGCCGCUUUCGAGCGGCCGCCCGCCGCUGCAGGACUCCUCGGCGCUCGAGAUCGCCUACAGCACCAUCUCCCCCAAGGUGGAGCAACCGCAGUACCCCAUGCACAUCAAGCUCAACCUGAUCGACCAGAACCCGCUCGCCUCGAGCCUCUCGACCAACGGCGACUCGACGUCCUGCGAGAGCCCGUACCCCAUGACCCCCAUGACCCCGGGCGGCUACUCGUCCAGCGGCGGCGACCUGAGCAAGAAGCAGCGCCACAACCUGCGCGAGCAGCGCCGCAUCCUGCGCAUCAGCAACCAGUUCGACAUCCUGCGCAACAAGCUCGAGGCGGCCGGCUACUCGUCCUCCAAGAAGGACAAGUACAGCGUGCUGCAGGCGACGCUCGAGUACAUCUCCAACCUCGAGCGCAACCAGAUCGGCGGCGUGGCCCCGCACCCGCAGAUGCCGCACCACAUGCAAGUGCCGCGGCACCUGCCCUCCCCAUGCAGCGACGCCGGUGGGCGGCUGUCCAUCACGGCGCCAUCGCCCAGCCACGUGGACAGCAAGGGCCAAGUCUUCAUGAUCGACAGCAUGCCGUCGCCCGUGCCGGCCUUGUCCAUACCGGGGAUGCAGCCUCAGACCUCGUAUCCGCUGGACAUGGACAACAUGUACGGCAGCGCGGCCAAUGGCUCCUCGAACGCUGGCGUGAGCGAGAUCGAGGGGUCGGCGGCCUCCUAUCGCGACGUGUUCGCCAACAGCAGCAUGCCUAGUCUUCUAGCGAAGCUGGACGGCACCAUCGUCGAGGCCAACGCGCUGUUCCUGGAGCUCUGCUGCAAAAACAUCGACGAGCUUCGCCUUCACAGCCUCUACACCAUGUGCACCGCCAUGGACGCCCCCAAGAUGUACACCCUCGUGAGCAAGAUCCUCUCAUGCGAGAUGGCGUCCGCACAG